GAGAGCGACAAGCGAGUCAGCAACACAUAGAAAACGGUAAAUCACAAGGCGAAUGUGCUAAACGAAGCUGUGACCGCAAGGAUUUUUAUAGCAUCGCUAGGGCGCUUGCGACAGCACGAAAUUAGUUACAGAAAACUGACGCUACGCAGUAGAUCUAGUGCUGACAGCCAGUGUGUAUAUACUUGCUUAAAAAGAUUAGCAAAUAGGAAACAUCAAUAAUUCCGAGUACAUAUUAAAAGUGAAUACAGACGCCAUGUCGCAAAAAUCUAUACCAGCGGCGCAUACUUUCGAAAAUGAUAAUAAUUACUACCAAAUCAGCGAUGAAGAUCUCGAAGACUGCGAUGAUCUCAACGAUGACUGCCUACUAGAAGAAGUGGUAGAGGGUAGCAAUGGAAACAGCAUCACAAUCGGUGGACGUGGCCCCUAUGAACGUGCUUGGACCUCCGAAGCAACGCGUGCGCUCAUACACAUACGCGGACCGAUGCAAGGCAUGUUCACGGAGGGACGUCAAAAGCGUACAGCGCUUUGGUUACACUGUACGCGACAGCUACAGAAAUUGGGUUUCCGUUAUAGCGCUGCGAAGGUACAAAAGAAAUGGCACAAUAUAUUGAUUACGUACAGCAAGAAUUUGCCGAAGAAAAAGUCCAGUGGCUAUGUACAUUGGGAGUUCUUCGAGGAGAUGCAUAAAUACUUAAAGGAUAAGCAAGUAGAUAUAUAUGAUUUUCAAAUGCAAUCGACCCCAUAUACGAAAUCAGCUAUACAACAACAACAACAACAGAAGCAACAACUACCGCAAACUGCAGCCUUUCGUGAGCUCAAACAAGCGCCCGCACUCACGAAUGAACUGAUGGCACAAUUCGACGGCAAUCAACUCUCGUUGCUGGCUAACACCGCCGAAACGAAUUUGGACAAAUCCAAUGAUGAGUUCGACGAGGAUUCGACCAUAAUGUCGGAGUUGAAACAACCAAAAAUGGAAUUUAAUGACAGCGAAUUGCCAUUGGAAAUAUCACAUGCAAACGGUUACGAUCAUAGCGGUAAUAAGUGCGACAACGCCCAUUUUCCGUCUGUCGUCAAUGCGGCGCAGGACGAUGGUGUCUGGUGGAAGGACUAUUUCGAGCGCAAACUGGAUGUGGAACGUGAAAAAAUCCAAUGUCAAAAGGAGUUGCAUCGCGAACAAAUGCAAUUCCAAAAGACGACCGCACUGCAACAAGAGAAAAUCGAGCGCUUGAAGAUCGAUGCAAUCAACAAUUUGACGGCGACGCUGCAGAAGCUGGUGGAGACGAAGAAUCGCAAAGCGUAGUGGACUGUGAAAUGAUGAAUUUUCAUUAAUUUUUCAUUGUUUUAGGUUAGUUAAGUUAAGCCUUUGAUCAUUAGUCGAAAAGGCUUAAUAGGAGUUACGAUUUAUUUGAGUUCAUGCCUCUGGUAUAUUUGUGGAACAUACAUUUUUAUUUCAUAUACAUAUAUAUUUUCGGUGAAGUUUCAUACAUUGUUAUUAAAAAGUUUGACCUUAGAAGUCAUAAUAUUUUAUUUUGGGAACAUGAAUAAAUAUUUAAAUUGUAUUUCUCAUAACAACCCACAUUCGAGUUAACUUAGUUUGCCUGGAGGCCAUUUUUGUUUGUGUACAUAAUCUUAGAUAUAUUAUUAAAUGUAAUAAUUUUUAAAACCUGAAUAUAAAAUAACGAGUACAACUUUA